AGCGAUUGGAACUGUCCAGGGUCCUGAUGCCGCCGGACGGGGAGUGCGUAAAGCACAGGGUCCUACAGGGGAUGGAAGGCAGAUUUCUGGGGCUGAGAGCACUACAUAGGUCGUGGGAGAUCCCCUACGGGGUACGGGUGCAGUAAGCUCCACGUGGGACAGGGGAGACUCCCAGUAAAGGAGUUUGGCAUACUCCAUAUGGUCGGGGUGACCUUCUUUGGGGAAUGGAGAAAGGGAGAAUCCCCCAUAGGGUGUAGUAAGCUUUAUAUGGGUCAGGGGAAACUCUGUAUGGGGUAUGGUAAACUCCAUAUGGAUCGAGGCAGACCCUCUACGGGGCAAGAGUUUGGCAGGCUCCACAUGGGUCAAGGGAAAUCCUCUAUGGUAAACUCUCUGUAUUGGGCACAGGAGACCAUCUAUGGGAAAAGAUGUAGCAGGCUCCAUAUGGGUCUGGGGACAGUCUCCAUGGGGUGCAUGCAUUGUAGACACUACACGUGGCAAGGGAGAUCCUCCAUGGGCAAGAGUUCAGCAGCCACCGUAUGGGGGAGAACCUCUAUAGGGGUUAAGUUCUGUAUGCAUUAGGAUUAACCUUAUGAAGGUCAUGACUAUGGUCAAAUCCACAUAUAACAAGGGAGACCUUCUGUGUAGUGUGCAUAUAGCAAUUACCAUAUGAGUGAAAGGAAAUCCUGUAUGCAGCAGAGAGGACUCCCUGUAGGGUGGAGACUGGCACUAUUCAGGGAAAUGAGACUUUAGGGCAGGAAUGUGAUAAGAGCCAUAUUUUUCAGGGGUUCUGGGGGACAAGCCCUGGCUGCCUGUACCGAGGAGGUUAAGAGGAGGCUGCAGGUCCCACCAGUAAGCUGAAAUUUAGGGAACCCUGCAUCCACUUCCAUCAUAUCCUGCUGUGCUCCAGCUCAUCUUCAAGGUUUUGGAGACAAGGGCAAUGGCAUCAGGGUGGAUAAGUGGCAACUGGAUUAACAUAUCACCAAGACUGAGUACCCCACCAGCAGCCCCCGAGGACCUCUACAAAAUGAGAGGUCUCCAACACCGAGGUGGAGCCUCCAUGCAGGCCAGUUCUAAAGGAGACAAGUCCCUACAUCUGAAGGCCAAUAACGGUCUCCUGCAGCUCAGCUGGAACUGAAUCCCAGGGAAAGGCAAGCUCAGCACAGCCCUCCAUUUCCAAUGAGGCAAGCAGAUGUCUCCAUAAAACAGGCUGCUUGAAAAUAACCCUGCCUUACGCUCAAAUCAAAUCUCUUCCCCUACCUUAUUGCCUGGAAACCAGCUCCAUGUCACUGCCACAGCACUUGCAUGUGUGCCAGAAACAGUGCUGCAUCAAGCCAACCCCUUUGGGAGCAUCAUUAUGGGGGAAAACAGUGCUGCUGAUGCCUUCAGAGCAUCAGGGCAUGACCACAUGUAAUUGGGUUGCUACAGCUCUGAGGCACUUCUGGUUACAAACACUGAGAAGGUCAUAUGCUCCUCACAGUCAUAGAGGAUAACUAGGACACUAAGGGUGACAGCCCAACUAGCAGGGCAGAAACCUCAUUACUCAGAGGUAAGCUUCAUACCUGAGCUGAGGACAAUGAUCAAGCCCAGCUAUGUGCCCAGAUCAACCAGCACACCUCUAGCAAAUCCACACUCUCAAGGUCAAACCAUAAAGUAAGCAUAGCAGCCAGGUCCAGUAGUAGCUAAGCAGCUCUCCAAUCAAUCCAUAGGUUGAGGUCCAUAUGAGUAGCACCAGAAACAAGCAUAGAUAUCACUAAACUGGAGACCAACUCACAGAAAAUCCCAAAUUAGAGCUGAAAGCUAUAAAGCUGAGCUUAAAUAGGGCUGUAGGACCAUACAAAGGCUGUGGCUGAGGUGCCCAGGUGGGGUUGAUCAGGAUCCUGGGGGCCCCCAAUUAUUCCUCUUGCUCAUUGUGUUAUGGGUCUACAAAGUGGGGUUUGCCCCACUGAAGAGGUUUCAGUGGGGAGCCAGAUGUUCCCAGGGCCAGGGCACAGGCUCUCACUUAGGGAUGGCAUGGGUGGCGUCCCAUGUGCAAUGUGACAACCACCUGAGACCUGAGCCACCCCGAUGUGACGCAGAGAUGGAUGGAGACUUUCCUCAUAUCGCAUGCUUCAACUUUCCGAACUGCUCCCACAUUCAGCAGAUGAAAGAAAAUAUAGUGAGGGCAGGUGGAGGGCAGGGGCUCAUGUUACUGCUGCUCCAGCUUUCACCAUCUCUCUCUUCUGUUUUAACCAAUUCCCUGUAUUUUUCACCCAGUGCUUUUAUCCCCUCAGCCCUGCUUUUGUCCCUCUCCCAUCCUGCUGCUCCUCAGCUUGGAAUAACUGCUGUUGUCCUCCAGCAAACACACUGACAGGGUAAUGAAUGGCUUCAGAUGGUAAUUAGCGAUGGAGCUGCUAAUAACGCGAUUCAUUUCCAUUUUAAGUGCUGCAGAACGCUGCAAAAAAAUGGACCACGGGUGGCAGGAUUUGAUCCCAUAGCGCAGUUUUCCUCCCUGCUGUGUGAAUGGUUGUUGAAAUCCUUCCUUGUUAUUUUCCUAUGGGUUUUAGCAUCUUUUAGAAGCAGUGUUUUCCCAUGGAGGCUUCAAUCCAUUUCAGCCACGCCAUUGGCCCUGCCUCAGUUUCUCCUCUUGGUGCCAGGACCCCGGGAUGUCCCAACAGUGGAACCCUUGCUGCAUUGGGGUGGCAGGAAUGGGGCUGGCCGAUCCAUUCAUUUAUUCAUGGAUUUUGCAAGCCCUAUUCGGGGUGAAAAUAAUCCCAGGUCCUCCAGAGGCCGAUAAGAUUUGGCAGCAAGGCAAUACUCGGCAUCUCUUUCCACUGUGCAAUGAUCCGGAGGCUGCGGUGGGGAGGGAGGGGGGGGGACAGGGGACAACUGCUGCUGUUUGCGGGCAGCUUGGUGUCCUUGAGAGAAGGGACGAGGUUCUCUUUAAGGGGGCAGGACUUGGGGAGCAUCACAAAGCCAGGAGAGAGCUUCUCCCUCUGCCCACCCAGGGAUGGAGGCAGCAGCAGGGUGCUGGGAUGGGAGGCUGAGCGAAGGGAGGAGGAGGAGGAGGAGGGGAGGGAGGGGAGAGAGAGGGGGAGGAUCUGCUAAUUACACAGAACAGCUCUGGGGGCUGCUGAAGUCCAGAAUGAAGCAAAGAGCGGCAGAAGCAAGCGCUGCAGACAGAACAGAGGAGCCUGAGCAUUGCCGAGAGCUGCAGCUGGCAGCAAGCAGGGGCACCCAGGAGAUCCUACAGCUCUGGCCUCCCCGGGGGACAGCCAGCACCAGGACGAGGAGAGGGAAAGGGGCUGGCUGUCCUGAGAACGUGAAGGUGGAGCUGGAACAAGACAGUGGGGGCUAAGUGUGGGGUGAGGGAUGGCGGCCAAGCCCGUUGCCCAUUCUGGGAUGGAGAACUUCCGAAAGGUCAGGACAUCAGAGGAGGAGAGCCCCUUGCCCUUCCCCGACUUGCCCCCAGGUGUGGUGGAGAUGAAAGUGAAGGAGGGCAGCAAGAUCAGGAACCUGAUGAGCUUCGCCAUGGCUCAGAUGGAGCUGAAGGGCAGCCGGCAGAUUGUCUUCAGCGGCUGCGGCAGAGCAGUCACCAAGACCAUCACCUGCGUGGAGAUCAUGAAAAGAAAGCUGGGGGGUCUUCACCAGGUCACCAAGGUACGCUACAAAACCUUGCUGGAGGUCUGGGAGAACCAGGACCCGCUGCCUGGCGGUGCAGCACAGAAUCUGACCGUCCACAAGAACGUCCCUUCCAUCUGCAUCCUGCUCUCCCGUGAUCCCCUGGACCCAAACCAGACGGGCUACCAACCCCCUGAGCCCAGAGAGGCAGGAGAAGACCCCUCGAGCUCCUCAGCCAAGGGGCUGAAGCGGCCCCCACCGCCUGCCCAUGAGGAACUGCUGCCCAAGAAGCUGCAGGUAGCGGGAGCCGGCAGCCUGCAGGGCUCGGGGACAAGAGACAGCCAGACGAAUGGCCACUACUGACCCUAUUACAUGCUCACAGCAGGGUCUGGGGGGCUACUGACCCUAUGCAGAACACAUCCCUGGCUCCCCAUUCAAUGAAGGGGGGCUGUGGUGUGUAGGUAUGUGGGAAAACCUCCCUUCUCCAAACUUUUUCUCCCUUUUGCCUGGUGCUGUGUGCAGUUGUAGGGAUGCAGAGCCACUCAUGCCUCCUGCCAGCCCUGCUAAAUAGCCCCCGGCACAGCAGCUCUCCAGGACUUCCACAGAGCCGAAGCAUCCUUUGGAUCCUCUCCAGAUUGGGAAAGGCAGCUGCAUGCCACCGCUCCACACUGGGAUGUCUCAGCCAGCAGCAAAGAGCCCAAAGCCCAUCGGAGUAACACCUUCAUUAUCAAAACCACUGCAAUUAACCCCAGAGAGGAGCUGUCAGGUUUAUUAAUGCUGGGAUCCGCGCUUCGUGGCUCCUGUGAUUCAUCUUGAAUAGCACAAACAAGCAGAUGGGUCCUGCUCCCUCUCACCCAUCUCCCUGCUUUGUCUCUGUCCCUUCCUCUCUGCCGUGGCAUCGUUUCUAUUUUGUGCUUUGCUCUGAAAUACCCGAAGCUGAUCCUUCCUCUCCCAGAACUGCUGCAGCCUGAGAACCGAGGAAACAAGCCCCAGAGCACUGCCGUUCAUUUCAACAGCAGCCCCCAAAGAACAGAAAUGGAAAUAACCCCUCUUCCCACAUCAGAUAUUCAAGUUUUUCCUCUCCCGGAGGUGUUUGCAGCCAUGGUGAAAGCAUGAUGACCAGGGAUGGAGGCAAUGGGGAGCAUCAGGUGGAUCAUCUCCAACAUGCUGGACGGAUGCUGGGAUGAAGGAGAGCUUUGUAGGUUUGGCUGUGGAGCAUUUGCUAUGGGCUGGCUCCCCAGAAAGCCCUUUGGAGUGAAACGUCUGCUUUUUCUAUGGGUAAAAGGAAACAAACGGAAAAUAAAAGCUCUUUAGAAACAGUUGAAGUAUGUCUAUGGGGGGAGUGGGGGAUCGUCUGUGCCAGUGGCCAUGGCACAGAUGGGCACAGUGAGGUUGGGACUGUGGCUGCUGCUGAGCCAGAACAAGGGGAUCUUGGCCAAAUCCUGCCUCCUGGGGAUGAGGAAUCAGUGCCAGCUUCUUUGCAUGCCCUGGCAGCUGCCUGGCCCCUGCUGACAUGGCAGAGCCUGGCAAAACCCCCCAUGGAACUCCAUCUGCCCCAUGCCAGCCCCCUGCCAGCACAUGGAGACCGGGACGAUGCAGAGAUGGGUUGUGGGAGGCCAAGUGAACCCAAAUCCACCUGGGUCCCCUGCCCAAGCAGAACAGAUUCAGUUGGCUCUAGAGAGCGCAGCCUUGGGAUGGGGUCAGUGGGCAUCGCUGCUUUGCCAAAGGCUGGCUUGGAAAGUGCUUUGUUUGGCUGGGAGAGGGAAUGGAAGGAGACCAGGGGAGCGAGAAAGAGGAGGAAGGGGGGGGUUGUUUGGCAAUGACCUUGUUAUCUCCCUCAGCAGGCAGCUGCUCCUCCGGGCUGGAGCUUGUGCUUAUCUGCCCUGCCACAGAUUGAUUCAUUUCACUUAUCUGCCACCAUGUAAUUGAACGUUAAUUUCCAAUUGUUUUCUUAUUUUUGUGGGAGUUUUAUUCCCAGAAAGAAGGGGUUGGCAUAAGAAUCGGAGGGGGCUGAACAGACCCCAGAAUCAAAUUUGUCCACACCUCAGUGGUGCUGGGCAAGGUGCUGUGCAUAUAAUGCAGUUUGAAGCCAAUAAGCCAUUGCAGAACAGGCUGUUGUGUGCCUUCAGCCCCGCAAGUAGAUCAGCAGAAGCCCUCAGCACAGCAUCUUGCACCAGUUUCCAUCCCAAACGAGGUUAAUGAAGAACUAUGCACAAAGAGAUGAGGAAUAUGGGUUAUGACAGGGCAUGACAUGUCCACCCAAAUUCUCUACCUCACUGAUCACAGAUAGGGAUUUUUGGUCUCCUAACCAGCAGUAGCAGGACCCCAAAGCCUCAGCCUUGACCCCACUGAUAAGAGCCAGGGGAUUUUGGUCUCCUAGCCAGCAGUGGAGGACACUGGGGGCAGAACUCAGUAAACAAUUCCAUCUAGGCAUGAAGACUUUUGAGAACUAACGGUUCUAAUGCCAGCUCAUGUUGCCCCUAGCAAGGAGAAAGGCAAGGAGAAAGAGGGGAAAAAAAAAAAAAAAAAAAAGUCACUCAUUUUACCAUAUUAUUUUGUUAAUGUUCAAAAUUAUUUUUAAUUGAUUCUAUAUGCAGGCAAUUUGCAACCUUGCAGGCAACAGGAGGCUGGGGAUUUCAAACGCUUCGCACUGCUGGCUGUGUACCAAGAAUUUCCUGCAUGAGGAAAUAGUUAAAAAGAAUAAAACUGACUGCAACUCCAAAUAUGAAGCAUUUAUAAAUAGCAGGAUGGCAUCUGGCUCCACAGGGUCCUAAGGGGGCAUUGUGAGUGAAAACAGCGUGGUGAUUGUCUGCUGUGGAGGCACAGCCCACGGCACCUAUGAAUAGUAAUUUUGGGGUCAUUCUGUGAACUCGUGGCUUUACGGAUGGUGGCACAGACUGCCUUACAGCAGCCUCAGCUGUGGGCAGCAUCCUGGUGUGCAUUUGGGGAUGGGGAUGCGAUGAGUCUCUAUGCACCCAUCUUGGGCUCACUGAUGCUCUGAAGACAGCCUGGCAGCAGGGAUUCCCUUUGGGAAAGCCAGGCUGCAUUCAGCCGUGGAAAGCCUUUAAUGCCAAGCAGCUGCGGGCCCUGAUAGCCACAAGAGCUUGGAGGGCCCUGAGGGCUCUGCUUCCCUCUGAGAGGCCAAGCUGCUGCUGUGCUAACCCAGCUGCUGGGCUGCAAACAGCGAGCAGACUGCUGCCAGGAGGGGCUCCAUCCCCUCACAGCACUGCUGCUGAUGGGCAGCCCGUCCCUGGGGGAUCUAGAUUUAGAGCCUGGGGGGGCUCUGAAACACACUGUAGCCUUUCACACAUCUGUAAUAGGAUGGGUGAACAACCGGCUGAAGGGCUGAGCUCAAAGGGUGGCAGGAAAUGGGGUAACAGCAGACUGGGGGACAGUCAUUAGUGGGGUUCCCUGUGGCUCCAUUUUGAAGCCAAUUCUGUGUUUUUACAAACGAUUCUACAACUAAAUUAGGAUUCCAAGCUCUGGUUCUGGCUGCCAGCAAGCACUACCUGAGCAGCGUGCGCUAGAUGUGUAACCAUGCCCUGUGGUGCAGCAGGCCCGGCGCUGCCAGCUGACUGAGGGCAGGCGCUGCCUACUGUGAGUGCUGGAGGCAACCUGGGUGCCACAGCGUCAGAAGGACAUCGUAACAGCAAACACCCAGAGGAAGGCAAUGAAGAUGGUGGUGCAUAUAGACAGGAAGACGUGAGGCGCAGCCGAAUUCUCCAGUGUGCUCAGAGCAGCCUGAGGGGAGGACUGAUGGCGGGAACGGCACGUAGCCGCAUCACCACACACCCAGCACCAACCCCGCCACAAAAUGGCGGCCGCCACCCCCCGCCUUCCCGCGCAGCUGCGGCCACGUGACGUCGCGCUCCCGCUCCGCGCAGAACUUUGUCCCCGCGGCGCCACCGUAGCGCUCCCCGCUCCCCUCCCCUUCCUCCCGCAUCCCGCAGCCCCGCGCCCUCAGAGCGCGGCCGCCUCUCGGUGCCGUCCUCCCGCCCGCCGCCAUGCUGCCCGCCGCCGCCGCCCUCCUCCUCCGCCGCUGCGCCGCCGCC